AUGCGUUCUGCUUUGGCUCUCGUACUCGCGGCCUCUCUCCUCGGCGGAGAGGCCAGCAGCAUCAAGAAGCGAUUCUCGACACUCGAUGUUUGGCGCCACGGCGACUACGAGCGGGAUAUCGUCGAUCAGCUCUCCGACGAAACGUUUCCCAAGAUCGCCGAGUGGGUCGAGAAGACCGGCUCGACCUGCACUCUCGAAAAUGCCGUGCAGCGAAAGGAGUGGACCGAUUUGACCAUUGAUGAGAGGGCGGACUACAUCCAAGCGGUGCAGUGCUUGAUGAAGCUCCCUCCCAAGUCGCAGGACCAAGUUCCCGGCUCCCUCAACCGAUAUGACGACUUCGUGGCCACUCACGUUACUGGUAUUCCGGUUCUUCACGCACCUACCAACCUCUUCGCCAGCCACAGGUACUAUAUCUGGGCGUACGAGUUGGCACUUCGCGAGGAGUGCGGGUACAAGGGCUACCAGCCGUACAUGAACUACGAGCGACACCAGGAUCCCAUCACCUCGCCCCUGUUCAACGGAAAUGCCACCAGCAUGGGCGGCAAUGGAGCGGCGGCUGAGUACCCCGGCGUAGUCAUGCCUUAUCCCAGGCCCUACAACGUCAUUCCCGCUGCAGGCGGUGGUGGCUGCGUCACGGAAGGUCCCUUCUCCGACAUGGUUGUCAGCAUCGGCCCUCUGGGCACUGUUCUCCGCGACAUUCCCCGCAACCCCCGCGCCGAUGGCCUCGCCUCCGCCAACCACUCGUACUCGCUCAUUAUGGACUACCCCGAUGUCGACGCCUUCUACAACCGAUACCUCGGACAGCCGUUCCUGAGAGGAGAUGAAUUCCCGUGGGGUCUUCACUCUGCCGGUCACUACAUCACGGGAGGAGACCCAGGUGGCGACUUUUACGCCUCGCCUGGUGACCCGACCUUCUGGAUGCAUCAUGCCGCCCUCGACCGCUUGUGGUGGCUGUGGCAGAUGCAGGAUCCCGAGAACCGCCUGCAGGCCAUCCCCGGCAUCACUUCGUCGAGGAUGACCAACGAGGAUGCUCAAAAGACAAUGGUGGAUCUGAAGUGGACGGCAGAGCCCCGCUCGCUCGGAGAUCUCAACGAUCAAAUGGGAAGUGCCCCCUUCUGUUAUAUCUAUGUAUAA